UUUCACCUAAUUAAACUUAAAUUAAACGGGGCAUUUCAUGGGGUUAAUGACUUUUUCGUUACACAACUGUCAGUUUUCAAACGUCAAAAAUUCAGGGAUUUUUUCUUUCACCCAUCACUUUUAAUGCGUAUUAAAAAUUAUAAAAGGGGCAAAUGGAGAAGUAAUUAGCAAAAUAUGAUGACUGAAUGCAUUAUGAAAUUGAAAACAUUUCAAAUUCAAAACCUUUGUUGAUGUUUUAUUGAAAAAGUAAGAUUGCGUCCUGUGCUUAGUGAUGUGACCAUGGAAUCACGUGACAUUUGACAUGUAAACAAAAAUACUCGUGUCAAAUUAGAUGACUUGAAAAUAAAUUGUAAAAACGCAAAAAUGAACCCGUGUUCUUCCCAUCUUCAAAAAGAAGAUAUUCUUUUACAAAUUAGGGAUAGUUUACGUAGAAACAAUGUGAAACUUUGGCUGGAUCCGUAUUUCAGUGAGAUAAGUGGUCCUUCGGAGAACACGUUAAAGAGUUUGGCUCAAAAUUACAGUCGAGACAUCAACGCUCCUGUAGACAAUUGUUACGAAGCUCUUCUUGAACUCCAAAGAAACUCAUUAGAGAAUUUAAAACAAAGCAAUCACUACAAAGAAUCAGGUGAGGCGACGUUAAAAAUCAAGAUUUUGCAUCCAAACAGCCCCCCGCGUAUGCUCACGAAAGAACUGCUCUUAUCUUUGAGAGGUUCCGAUGUUAAAGACAUUAUUGCUAAAGAAAUAAACAUCAGUCACGAUAAAUUGAAGUUAAUUCACGCCGGGAAAGUGUUGUCGGAUUCAGAAAAUUUGAGCACCCAAGGUGUGAAAAACGGUCAACAAAUCAUGGCGAUCACAUUUUCGGAAAUGUCUCCAGGGCUUAAAGAAACCGAAAACCAAAUCCGGGAAUUGGAGGGUGUGAAAACCGACUCACGGCUUCUAGCCCUUGACAAUGAAUAUGUCCAAUUGGAGGACCAGUUUGGCAAUAGUGUGAAAAUCCCCCCCGAGGAGAAACGGGCGUUGGUGGUAGCAAUGGCCUUGCAUGAAAAGGGGCGAAGCGCCCUGAAGCGUGAAGAUUACUCCCGAGCUUUAAUCUUUUUUCUUGAAGCCGACGAGGAGUUCAAACGGUGCACUUCGCAAAUUUUAAACACUGUCGAUAAUUACGCCCUACUAGACCUCGAUAUCGCGUGGUGUUAUUUGUGUUUGCAAAGUGUUGCGAAUUUACCAGAGGCUUAUGAGAGGCUCAAGAGGUGCGAAGAGCGGUUUCAUGCCAGUUAUGGGCCGAACCUGGAGCGGCUCAAGGCUGUUAAAGGCGUCACAGGUAACGAGGCAGUUUUAUUUAUGCGGCUUCACCUCCUCCAAGCCAUAGUUUUAUACCAUAAAAAUAAGCGAAGCGAAGCUUUGCGGUUACUAAAAAAGGCACAGGAAGAGCUUUCGGCCUUGAAAGUUGAAGAUGAUAGUGUUACAAUGUUGGUAGAAUUGGGGUAUUCGAUGGCUGAGGCCCGACUUGGGUUGCGAGCCACCGGUGGUGACGUUAACAAAGCUGCGAAUUAUAUCGACGAGAAUAGAAAUCAAAGGUCUCAGGCGAGGCAAAAAGCCUUGGCUGAGGAAAUUUUGCAAAGAAAAAGAUUGAAACUGGGAAAAUGUGUUGAUGGUAAACAAUAUGUGGACCCCAAUUUCGUUAAAAUACUAGUCAAUAUGGGGUUUAACAAGGAAGCUGCUCGUGUGGCCUUGAAACACACCAAUAACGUAAUUUCAGAUAGCAUUCAAUAUAUACAAGAACAUCCCCAGCCUGGUCCGAGUCAAAGCAAGAGUAUCGAAUUUUUAGCAUUGAUUAAUGAUCUAGUGCCGGAGUUGCAAGCGGCGGGGUUCGACCCAACCAUGUCAAAGUUAGCGUUGCAUAAACAUGGUGGUGAUAUUAUGAAAGCUGCUGAGGAUUUAUUGGCCAACAAUGGGAUCAUCGAUGGGGAUUGGACGAUUUUGAACACUGAUUCGAAUUCGCAAACAGUCGAUAUAGCAAAAAAAGAAAAAAAAGAUGAAGCCUUCAAGAGAAUCGCAGGUGAUAUUUCCAUGGUGGAUGACGACCAUUUAGAUCUGACUUUAGUCCAAGAAGAACUGUUUCUUAAUCAGUACUUGUCCCUCCUCAAAAAUGAUAAAUAAAUUCCUUGCGUAUUGAAUAUUUUUAUAGAAUUUUUAAUCAUCUUCAAUCACAUAUAAUAAAUCGAGACCGGAAUCAAAAA